GACGCUGAAGACCAACAACAGGAAACCCAUCAUGGCGAAGACUAAUGAAGGGCACAGACGGUGCCUAAAUUAAACUUGUUUAUGUGACUGCCUUUCCUGGCGCGAUGCGUGUUUUGAACCCUUUCGGUGCGAGCCUGUUGCCUUGCUGAGAAAUGUAAUCACCGGACAGGUGACAGUGGUUGUCACGUGAUUUCACGACCCGGAAGAUAGACGUUGGGACUGACGCUUCUGUUCCCUCAGCUGUAAGCACCGGGCUACAGAGAGAACUGGCGGAGUACAUACGCACGUCCGCUGGAUCUGAUCGGGGUUUUGUGUGUGGUCUGUAAUCUAGUGGCAGGGUCACAUGUCGGAUGACUCAGGAGAGGAACGAAGACGCAAAAGAUGGCUCGUUUCUGUUUAGGAAGUCGCAGCAGUAAGAUGUGACCUCAGCCAGCAAACAUCUCAACAUCGAAAAAAGGUUGGAACGACGUCAAAAUCGAGACGUCGUAAGCGCCGGAGUGAGAACUGAAGCGACGCCGAGUCGUGACGUAGACGUAGUCUUCAACUUUGUGAUGAGCUCGUAUGUGCUGGAGGAGGAGACUUUCCAUCACUGCUGUCAGCUCCUCCUGCAGUGGUCAGAGCAGCUGAGAGAUGGCUGGAGCUGGGAGCCAGUCCAGGGAUCACAGGAGGGCUACCUGAGGAAGACAGCUCUCAGGUCAGUCGUCAUUAAUUCAAGCCCAGUGUGGGAGCAGGUAGGAUCCAGGUCCGACUGUCAUUCCUGGCCUGAUGAGCAGCAACAGGAAAAGGAAGAGUCUGUUCUUGUUGCUUCAGUUGAUGCUGACCACAUCAAGGGUGACAUAGAUGAUGAUGAUGAUGAUGAUGAUGAAGAUGACGGAGUCUUUUCGGUGUCUGAAGGCAGCAGCCAGGUGCUUCAGUACGAGUAUCACAUCCUGUACUCCUGCUGCUACAGUACUCCUGUGCUCUAUUUCAGAGCCUUCACUCUGGAGGGGAGGAACCUGUCAUUAGAGGAGGUGUGGAGCUCUGUUCAUCCAAACUUCAGGCUUCCACUUCGGAACAGUCCUCUCAAUACAAUCACUCAGCAGGAGCAUCCCCUGCUGGGUCAGCCUUUCUUUAUGCUCCACCCCUGUAGAACACAGGAGUUCAUGAGGCCUGUGCUGCAGGCGGCUCAGGACCAACACAGGCCAGUGAACUACGUGCUGACGUGGCUCAGUGUGGUGGGUCCUCUGGUGGGUCUGGACGUCCCUCUGAAAUACUCCACCCAGGUCCAUCCUGCAGCUUCACUCAGCGGCACCAAGCCAGACUGAGGCUGCACCUGCUCUGCUUCUCUCUGUCAGCAUCGCUGUGGAGUCUCUCUGCAUGGACGCUUGAUUAUCAAACAGGCAAACAGGCUAACAUCCUGUAUUAUUUUAUUCACAUGACAGUAAAUGAUUUUUACAACACCUAUAGAAUCUGUUUAUACUAUAUGAUGAGUAUAUAAAGUAUACAGUACAGCCUCUAAGAGGGCAGUAAACUGGCUGUGUCCUAACUCUGGAGCUCCAUUGCCUGAAUUCUGCUACAUCUGAACAGGUUUUAAAUAAUGCUCUGAGAGCUCCAGGAGCAUUACAGAAAUGAACUAAAGUAUUCAGUCAUGGGGAAAUCAUUUUGCUUUUUCUUAAAUUUCACUGACAGUGUUAGUUUGAUUGUUGUCUGCAAGCAAUUUGUACAAAAUGGUGAAUGAUCAUUUCUCGUAUACUAGCUGCUUGUACACUAACAGUUAGUACAACUAAUAAUAGUUAUUUUUUUGCUGAUUAUAGCUGAUGUCCUGCCAAAUUUAACCCAUUCAAAUCAACUUGAACUCAACAUGAAUAGAAAAUAUGUAAUAAUUUGUUUUUUUAUAUUAUGUUCACUAUUGUUAUAAUAAAACAUUUUUGGUUGCCAUGGCAGCUUCU